AAGAAGGUUAGAAUGCAUAGGUUAAAAGUAAAGGCUAUAUAUUUUUGUUUUUUGUAUCUGUGUUCUAUUUAUACGUAAUAAAAGAUUGUUGCAGAGCAAUGGAUGUUAAGGAAACUUCGUGUAGGCUUUGCUUUAAAAAUAUAACCGAUGAAAGUUUUGAAGUGGUAAACAAUAUUGUCAGAAACAUUCUAAAUGUUAUUUUAAAAUUGAAAUUUGAUAACGAGAGCAAAGAGGUUAUAUGUAACGUUUGCAGAAGAAAGUUAAAUGCGGCGUUAGAGUUUAAGUCAACCUGUCUGAAUACCGAUAACAAAAUUAUUCCUUAUUUGGAUAGAGAAAAAAUGUUACAGCUUGACUUAAGAGAAGUGUACAUGCAGGAAAAGAAAAGUGAUUUAGUUUGCAGUCAGAAAAUAUGUCGAUUGUGUAUGCAUCCAGUAGAAAGUGAGUUUAGAUGCAUACGUGAAGUUGAACUUGAAGCCAUUGAGAAAUUGGCUCCUGAAAUGAAUAUAAAUAUCAUCAAAGAUCCCGUUGUUUGUAAUCCCUGCUUCGAUUCUCUGUGUACUCACAACAGUUUCCUUAAAGAUUGUUCAGAGGUAGAAGAAAAAAUUACAAGUACAGAUAGUUCAGCCAUAGAAAGUCGAAUAGAUAUGUGUCCGCUUGAUGUACUCGUUAAGACUGAAAAUCUGGACAAGGAAUUCGAUAUUAACGAGACGGAAAUGUCGAUCAAAUCUGAAAGUAUCGACAUAAAAUCGGAAGAUGAGGAAAGGAG